UCCAAAAAGGAAUGUUGUUUUUACGUUAGUUGUGUGCUCGAUUGGUAGACCAAAAUGGUGCGCGGAGGACGCGAAAAGGAGAAGGAUGCAGGCGGAGGUGAAGUCAUAGACAUGGAGAUUGUCGGUGACAUCCUUUGGGCUGUCAACAAGAUCAAAUCGCAAAAACAGCGGCCGAGCGAGGAGCACAUUUGCAAGGUCGUCGAAGGCAGGAGCGGAAUAGCGCGAAAAGAGAUCUCGAAACAGAUGGAACUGGCCGUGAAGGCCGGUCACGUGAUUAAGGUUAUUUUUAAAGAUCGUGCAUCGUAUAAGGACCCUCGAAACACACCGGCGAACAAAGCCGUCACUCCGGUCAACGAAUGGCUGUGGAUGAUUCGUGCCGCAAUAGACGAACUCGCAGAAGACGGAGGAUCGACUGCAAGCAGCAUCGAGAAACUAAUACGAAAGAAACAUAGUCUCACAUCCGGUGAUGUCUCUGAGAAUAUGCAACCGGCUCUAGAGAAGGGACUGAGUGUUGGAAAAAUAGAGCAAGUUGGCAAAUGCUAUAGAAACGUACUGGAACCGGAGAGGCCAAAGAAACUUAAACCACUGAAACUGAAAAUGCCAAAAUUGUUGAAGUCGAGACCGAAGGCAAAGCCAUCACAGCAAUGUGGAUUCUGUCUUGGAAGUGUAGGAAAGAAUAAGGACGGUGUAGCGGAAGAACUCAUCUCAUGUCAUGACUGUGGAAACAGUGGUCAUCCAAAGUGUUUGCAAUAUUCUCCUGCAUUGGUUGAGAGGAUUAAGAAGGAACCAUGGCAGUGUAUUGAGUGCAAAACAUGCUCCUUAUGUGCUGAUCAAGGAAACCCGGAUAAUUUGCUCUUUUGUGAUGCUUGCGAUAAAGGAUUUCAUAUGGGAUGUUUGGAACCACCGCUUUCAGAAAUGCCAGACGGAAGUUGGUUAUGCGACUGGUGCCUUAAUCCUGGAAAGUACACUGUUGUUUACCACAAACGGAAGAAACGCAGGUCACACACACCCUCCACAGAACUGCAAUUUGAGUCUGAUGAUUCCGAUGAACAUCACAGAAGGAUGUUUUCUCGCAAGAAAAAGAAGAAACUCAAAGAUAGCAAGACUUCAUGGCUAACUUAUCCGCCUGACAAGCUGCCAAAGCUUCCUGCAUACAUGACAGGCAUUACAGAGUCGGACAGAGAAAUGUUUAUGAAGGCUCAGGAAGUAGCUCUAGCUGCCAUGAAAGCGGCAAGUCAGUUGUCUUCACGGCAGUUGAUGGCGACCGGUCGAUCGCCCGCGACGAUUGAGUUUGGUCAGUAUGAGAUCGACACAUGGUAUUCGUCUCCGUACCCGCAAGAGUAUGCAAUGUUAUCAAAGUUGUAUCUUUGUGAGUUCUGUUUAAAAUACAUGAAGAGCCGAACAAUCUUAGAAAGACACAUGUUGAAAUGCAAGUGGCACCAUCCACCAGCUAAUGAGAUCUACAGGAAGGACGACUUAUCUGUCUGGGAAGUGGAUGGACAAGUCAGCAAGAUUUUUUGUCAGAAUCUCUGCUUGCUGGCGAAGCUCUUUCUUGAUCACAAGACGUUGUACUAUGAUGUUGAACCAUUUCUGUUCUAUGUGUUGACCAUGAAUGAUCAGUAUGGUUGUCAUCUUGUUGGAUACUUUUCAAAGGAAAAGACAUGCCAACAGCGAUACAACGUGUCGUGUAUAAUGAUCAUGCCACAGUAUCAGAGACAAGGAUACGGACGAUUGCUCGUUGAUUUCAGUUACUUGCUGUCGAAGAUUGAGGGUCAACCGGGAUCUCCAGAAAAACCGUUGUCUGAUCUCGGCGCUGUCACGUACUACAGCUACUGGGACAGUGUUAUGAAAGAAUAUCUGUUUGAACAUAGACACGAACGGAUCACAAUACUAAGAAUGAGUGAAGACACUGGAAUAGACCCACAUGACAUUGCCGCUACGUUGCAAAGGUUAGAUGUGAUCAGGAAACGGCCAUCGGAUGGGAGGUUGUAUAUAGAAAUUCAUUAUCCAACAUUGUUGACCCACAUGGAAAAGGUUAAACAAGGAAAUCGGCGGAAGCUUGACGGUGCAUGCAUUCAGUGGACACCGCCUGUUACGAGCAAACCAUCCGAACAAGAAGAAACGGAGUGUGAAGAAAAACCGGACGACGACAGUAGAAAGGAAUCAGAAAUGGAAACAACAGAGGUGACCGAGGAUCCUGUUGUUGACGUUGUCGGAGAUGGUGAUGCACUCAAACAGUCAAGUCCAUCAGUUAUAGGAAACGAAAUAAAAGACGAUGGACAUGAUGCUUCGAUUGAUGAGUCUGGUUGUGCUGAUGUAAGCAACGAAGUCGAUCCUGUUACUGAAAAUGAAAAUAAUCUAGGAGACAAAGUAGAUAUGGACACUGGUCAUUCAGUGUCACAUGGCAAUGUUGCAUCCACUUCUACAUUAGAAACUGUAGAUGCUCCGGAAUCAACAGUAUGUGCAAUAGGCGAACACCCAUCCCUGGUUACUGAAGGUGAUUCUGACACGCGUGAUCGAUUCGAGUCUGUUGAUGAUCAGGCAGGCAAAGUGAAGGGCAGCGAAAUGCUUGACAACAUUGGCUACAGCAGUGAUGACACUGAAGAUGGCGAGGAUUAUCCUGUCUUUCAUCCUCAAACUGUUUCUGUUUCUCAUUCGUCAUCAACGUCGUCGGUUGGAGACGACAGAAAUGAGAGCGAGGAGUCUAGUGCUGAAGACGAGGACGAUGAUGAUCGUGUGAAUGCAAGUGACAGUACUGAUGAGUUAGAGGAAUAUUUAGUGCCAAGAGAGGAAGCAAUGGAGACGAAUGAAACGAGAGAGAACAGCCAACAUCCUGAUGAAAAAAGAAUUGAUUCCAAGUGAUAUAAAAUAAAAUAUGCUAAUUUCUAAGUUAGUCAUUUUAGGUGGUCGGACAAAAUUCUGUUACAUUAUCAAACAAUUUUCCAACCAUUAUGUAUUUACAGUAUGAAUAGACUGUAUCAUAAGACACGUGUUGAAGUAUUUCUGCUAUUAAUUAAUGGAAUUAAAGAAAAGCAUCAUUUUUUACAGAUACAUGUACAGUGAUGUUGAGUGUUGAAAAACACGACUGUAGCAGUAUUCUUAAUUCUA